AUGUUGCGAACGUUAGUUGAGCAUCUAUUGGAGUGCGACCGCUGUGAGCACUUCGGGGAUGAGCGACAUUUUGCCGCUGUCCUUGCUUCGGGCACCUACUGUGUUCCGUUAUUAAUUCACGAGGAACCCGAGACAAGAACACCGCUCAUGAGAUUAGAUGAGGUUAUUCGCCGGCAUUUCCUUUUUCCAGAUUGUGUCGACGAACGAGUGCUUCUACAGGAUGUCAAUACCAUCACAUUAAAAGAAGGCCAGUACACAACAGGGCGUCGAGUAGCGCCAGUACCUCAGCUGAAAUGUGUUGGAGGUGGUGCAUGUUAUAAAUACCAACCAAGAGUCGUACAGUGCGUUAAGCAAGGAUAUGAUGGUUCCGAUUACCAGUGGAAAUGCACUGCAGACAUGCCUCGUCAAUAUAAGUUCGGAAUGCUGGAAUACGAACUGGAAUACGCUGAACCGGCAAAGGAGGUUGGAAGGAGUAAAAUGAAGUGGCCUUCUUUGUUUUCUUGGCCUCGUUGGUUAACGUCGGAGAACAUAGUAAACGUGAUUGUCGUACUUUUCAUUAUCUAUGUGAUAUACUCCAUGUUAUCUAGUUCGGGGAGUCCAGGACGAACCACGCCGAGAUAUGGUUGGUUCGGAGGUGGCUUUGAUGGCGGACCAGGGUUUGGAGGUGGUUAUCCUGGUGCGCACCCUCGUCCAAGUGCUCCACCAAGUUACGAAGAUACUAUGGGUUUCAAAAGUGCUUACUCAACACCAUCAAGCAGUAGUGGUCCAGGAUUCUGGACUGGAGCUGGCUUAGGAGCACUUGGAGGAUAUCUUUUCGGAAGAAAUACACGUGCAGACGAGCACUUUGUAAGGACGGCCGAUGCAAACUAUGCUGAUUUUGAUCAACCCAGUUCUUCGGAAAUGAGGGAGAGUACUGGUAAGCUGCUUUACAAAUUUCGUAAAUGA